AUGCAUUAUCGAGUUUCAAAUGAUUGUGUAAGAAAAAGAUAUAAGCUUAAUCUUGAAGAUUUUCUUGAUGAUGGUUUCUAUUAUACGACUUUUUGGAAUGAGNUUAGGCCUGGAGUUCGGUGCCCAACAGGGGAAGCAAGGAUUACACGUGGUUUUAUGCUGCCUGCUUCUCAUGUUAUUCACACUGUUGGCCCAAUCUACAGUAGUGAUAGUAAUCCUGCUGCCUCUCUAGCAAGUGCUUACAGGAAUACUUUAAGGGUUGCGAAAGAAAACAACAUUCAGUAUAUAGCAUUCCCAGCCAUAUCAUGUGGUGUCUAUGGAUACCCUUAUGAUGAAGCCGCUACAGUAGCAAUUUCUACCGUCAAAGAGUUUCCAAAUGACUUUAAGGAGGUGCACUUUGUUCUGUUCUCCCCUGAUAUUUAUGACAUCUGGUUAAAUAAGGUAGAUGAGUUACUGAAAGAUUAGUGUGCCACAUCCGUUAUCAGCAACUCAAUUGAACACAAUUAUCUAAUGGUUGAGCAUGCAUUAUCGAGUUUCAAAUGAUUGUGUAAGAAAAAGAUAUAAGCUUAAUCUUGAAGAUUUUCUUGAUGAUGGUUUCUAUUAUACGAGUACUGUAUGAAAAAGAUUUUAAUUCAAUCUGCAGCCCGCCUUAAAGUUUGAUUUUAUUAAAA